GGUCGGGGUUCAACCAAGGGCUGGCUAUUCCCACUGAUCCCCUUUCACGACCAGCUUGAGUACUGAAGAUGGCGAUCGUUGCAGAUCACCAGAUGGUGUGCUAGCGUCAUUUUUUAUGCUUCAGGCAGAAGCUGUCCAUUGCUGCAGCCAUGUUGCUGUAGCCAUUUACUACUGGUCUUUAUUACAACUCCUUGCGAUUCUGGGCAUGGUACUUUUAGCCGACACUGAGAGGCAUGAGUCUGUUUGCGGCUCAUCUGAAGCAAUGGAAAUGGAGAUUGCAAAGAUAUGCGCAAAAAGCACUGCAGAGAGGAGAAGAAGACGUGGGGCUGCACAUUUACUAGUUAAAACUUUGGGAGGGGAGGAUGUGCAGUGGCAGUUGAACCAAAUACGCACAGAGGUUGUCAGGACUGGAAGGACUUGGGGGGGGGGGGGGGGGGGGGGGGGGGGGGGAAAGGGACGAGCCGGAGGGGGCGGCACUGGUCUGGCGGUAGAGCAUAACUGAGCAGCCUAAAGCUGGCGGAGGGAAGGUGGCAGUGGGUGGAAAAGGAUGGCUAGGUUCUCGAUUUGGGAGAGACGAGCAACCUUAAGCCUGGGGGAUAGUUGUCCUUCAAGCGGUGGGCUCUGCAAUAAGCUCUCUCUCGCGGCAAAGUUGGCGUAAGGUUUGUUAUGGUGCUCAGCGAAUGGUGGUGGUUGGGUUCGCUCCGCGGUUGCAGUUUGGUCUACAGUCCUAAGGAGUUACGUCUCCUCUGUCAGCACUGCCAACUUGGUCAGUGUUCGAUCAUGGUUAAGUCAGACGAAGAGUUAUUAGAGAGAGAUUGCUGACUCCCAAGAUGUUUUCUUUUUUGAGGGUCUCGGACGUGAGAACAAUGAGUUUGUUGUUUGCAGUUUUGAGGAUGACGGGCAGAAGCUCCAUCAAAGUCCCUUGAAGGGAAGAUUGUUCGAUCUGCUAUUGGCUGACUUCACGUGUGGAGCUGUCGAGUUUGCUGGGAGUAUGCUACCUUGGGUCUCAUGAGAUGAAGGCAUCGUGUGAAGGAUUGAGCGGAAAGACCUUGUGUGUGAUGGUUGUUGUCCGCAUUAUCAUGUUGUUGACGUCCGCGUUUGCGCGUACUGUGAUCUGCAUAUUUUGGGUUUGCUGAAUUGUUCCUUGUGAGAAGUCUUUGUACAGAGCAGAGUUUAAUCAAAGGAUCAUGCUUGCUACCUUUUGGGUCUGCAGUCGCUUAUCGUCGAUAAAGAACACUUUCGCCU